AUGGAAGAAACUGAACAUGUUGCCCGGCGGCUUGACCGCAUGCUAAAAAACAAAAAAAUAGAUGAUGAGUCUGCGCUGAAAUACCUUAGGAGAUUGCGAAGCAUUGAGAUGACUCUGGAAAUCUUAACGAAAACCGGUGUAGGUAUAAUUAUCAACAAGAUAAGAAAGGAGUCAGAAGAUCCGGAGGUUGCUACAUUGGGGAAAAAUAUGAUAAAGCAGUGGAAAAAGCUGGUCCCAGACAAAAGUGAAGCUCCUACAUCUUGCACCAACACUGUUGUCAAUAACAAUAAUGACAAUGGCAACAAUAAUGACAAUAAACAUUCACCUGAGUCAAAUAACUACAGUGUCUGUGACGAUGGAGGACCACAAGAAGCCAAACGGUCUCGGCCAAGUGAGAAGAAGGAAUCUACAGAACUAUCGGGAAAUGCAAGUCGUGGUUUUUUCCCUGUCCACACUUUGACUACAACAGAUCAAGUACGUUUAAAAGCCCGGGAGAUGCUUCAAUCAGCACUAGAAAGUGGCAAUAUUCCUAGCGGUGCUUAUGAAAGUGAGUUCCUAGCAAUACGAAUAGAAAGCUCCAUAUAUGACCUUUUCAACAAUACUGAUCCCAAGUACAAACAACGAGUACGUACUCGAGUUAUGAAUCUACGCGAUUCUAAUAAUCCCAAUUUGCGACUUAAUGUCCUGAUGGGACACGUGAGUCCGGAUAAACUAGCAUCUAUGACAUCAGAAGAGAUGGCUAGUAAAGAAAUGAAAGAACUUCGUGAGAAAUAUACUAAAGAAACUAUAGAAGACCACCAAAUGGCUGUAACUGGUGGAACGGAAACUGAUUUAUUACGAUGUGGAAAGUGUAAACAGACCAAGUGUACAUAUAAUCAGGUCCAAACCCGUAGUGCAGAUGAACCAAUGACCACUUUUGUCUAUUGUAACAAUUGCGGCCACCGUUGGAAAUUUUGCUGA